UAUUCAAUAACUGUAUCUAAAAUGAAUAAGGGGCAAUAAAUAAAUACUAAUACAACAGGCUGGAAAAAUAGACACUCAUUUUAAUAUCCAUUUCGUAUGUUGAAACUUGACACCGGGCAGCAUACACAGGAAAGUGCACCAUUAGAUCGGUUUCAUGCUGAAGUAGUAAGUUAUUUACAUAAUGUUUUCUCCAGUAAACGUAAAUGAGUGUCAUUGCCAACAUCAUCAUAUAAGUCGAAAGGACUGAAGCCUGUCAACUAAAACAUGAGCUCAUUGAUGUCAUUAAAUAAAUCUGCUUUUUCAUUCCAUCCAUUACUCCUGGUCGGAGGCUUCCAUAAAUAUUUAGUUUAUACGUAGGGUUGUGUUCUAAAAUAAAGGUUCCAAUUAGAACCAAUAAGGUUCUUCAGAGUGAUGCCAUAGGAGAACCCUUUUAAGAUCUACAAAGAACCCUUUGUCAAGUUCUUUAGAGAACCAUCUAUACACUGGUGCUUUAAAGAACCCAGAAAUGGUUCUUCACAGAGGUGCCACAAGGAACCCCUUUUCAGUUCCACAAGGAACCAUGAUAUUGCAAGUUCUCUAAAGAACCCUUAGUACUAUGGUGCUGUAAGGAACCAAAGUAAGGUUCUUAAGAGUGAGGCAAGAUUAAUGGUGCAACGCUCAAAUAUUUAGUAGUGCGUAAAUUGUGACUUAGUGCCCAUUUACGCCACAACUAGGCUAAGUUGUAACUUACGCACAGCUUGGUGCAACCGGCCCCAGGUGAGUAAACUCCAAACAGGGAAAUAUAACAAUAUGCAGAUGAAGGGAAAAGUCAACAUAGGUGUUAACAUGAUUUAAGUGUGAUAAAAUUGCUUACUAACUUAACCUUUUCUGUAAAGUCAGCUCAAAUAGUACACAAGUUGUACGUACCUUUAUAAAAUAAUAAGCUACACAUUUCAUAUAAACCCUCCAAAUAUUGUCCCCAUUAAAUUCCAUUGUAAGUGCCUCACUGUAACCUCAAAAUAAUUUUUCGUGGUUAUCAAUGUUAUUCCACAAAUGCUGUUGAUUGAGCUUAACUUGUAUUCGACCUGGAAUAUUCCUUUAAUAGUCAAAGAUCUCAGAUGUCAUUUGAACGUACAGUAUAUAACCAUUAAUGCACCUAACUCCACUUGUCUUUCACACUGAUGUACUGAAUGUUACUUUUGAUAAACAAAAACUUAGUAGCCAAUUACAUAAAAUUGUAUUUGGUUUCAGAUCUUGUCAUGAAUGCUUGUUCAUGUCAGGUUUUACUUUUGUUUUUUGUGCAGAAUGGAAAUCACCGUCAAAUAUGGGUGGAGACAGAUGAUUUCACGUGUCUUUAAAACAUGUAUAAAUUGUGUGUGCUCCACUCGAUUACUUUGAGUUGUACAUAUACACAACGUUUUCAGAUUUUUUACGUUUUGAAGAUCUGAUAAUGGGUAUGAAGGAACCUCUAUUAUUUGUGGUGUGCUUUUGGAUUGUCUGUAUUACAGGGCAUGAAUUCUUCUCAUCAACAGAUCAAAUUGUACAGCUUGUGGAGAAGGAGAAGGAACUUCUGGGGGCCUUUAGUCUGUACAUUGAUGCUGAAGAAGAGAAUUUAAGGACACUAAAAAGGGUUCUUCUGAUUCUUCAGCUGGUCUCUGUCUUUGAUUCUGGAGACCCUGAGCAAUCCGUGAGUGACCCUGUGGCUGCUUACAAACUCCUUAGAAGACUGAGAACUGAAUGGAGGACUAUUGUGAAAUAUACUCAAAGGGGUCUUUAUCAGGAAAAGUUUAAGGAACUUUUGGACUUAGCGUUUCUACAAAUCCCUCGUCAGAACGAUUUGGAUGAAGCAGCUUCUGGGUUGAUCAGACUGCAAGAGAUCUACAAACUCUACCCACACAACAUCUCAAUAGGAAAGUCUUUAAGCGUGGAUGAAGCUUUCGAUGUGGGGUUGGUCGCUUAUGAGGAGGACAAAUUCCAGCACGCCUUUCUCUGGUUUGUGUACAGUCUGAACAAGUUAAGUGAGACAGAAUUCUCAUCUGUUACUAAGGAAGAGUUACUACAUCUCCUUGGCUCUUCAGCCUAUCAUUUUGGCAGUCUACCUGUGGCGAUCUACUUCACCCAGCAGCUUCUAAAUCUGGAUCCAACAAAUGAGGAUGCCAGACUUGAGCUGGCCUUUUACAGAGAUCUUCGCCUCAAAAGAGCUUCAAACCCUGAUAUAUUCACACUGAACCAAGAGUCAAGUAACUCUUAUGAGGCACUGUGCAGAGGAGAGGUUGACGAGAGGACAUCCAAGAAGCAGCGGGCACUGUCCUGUAGGUACAGCACAGGUGGAGGGAACCCCAGGCUGAUUUAUGCACCAGUGAAAGAGGAGGAGGAGUGGGCCGAGCCUCGAAUCAUCAGAAUUCAUGAUAUAUUAUCAGACAAAGAGACAGAGAUCCUGAAGAACAUCUCCAGACCUUACCUUACUAGGUCUCGAGUUGGACAGGGCACAGUUUCAAAAAUCCGGGUGUCUCAAAGUGUUGGUUUAAUGGAAGAAGACCCUGUGGUUGCUCGUGUAAGUCAGAGGAUUGCUGACAUUACAGGACUCAGCAUCAAAACAGCCGAACCUCUACAGGUUCAGAAUUAUGGAAUUGGGGGCAGAUAUGAACCACAUUAUGACGCAUCGGAUGAUGAGGAUGAAAGGAUUGCCACAUUCUUAAUUUAUAUGAGUGAUGUGGAGAUCGGGGGCGCCACUGUGUUCCCUAAGAUUGGAGUUAAAGUGAAGCCUGAAAAGGGUUCAGCUGUGUUUUGGUACAACCUCCUACAGAAUGGCAGCCUGGAUUUAAAAACACAGCAUGCAGGAUGCCCUGUCUUAGUGGGUAAUAAAUGGGUGGCUAACAAAUGGAUCCAUGAGUUUGGACAAGAGUUCAGGAGACCCUGUUCUUUGUCAGAGUGGGAGUAAAAGGAACAGGACAUUACAGGACAUGUAGCCAUAUAGAAAUAAUGACUUUUGUAUCUGUUCUACAGAAACAUCAUACUUAUGCAGCAAACAAGAUUUGUAACUUCAGAUUUUGCAUUAACUUAAACUGUAAUUUUGAGGAUGGAAAUGUAUUAAUUUUAUGCACAGUCCUUCAGGAACUGCUAUUACUAAUUUAUCAUUUAUAUUUUUUUUGUUAGUAAUCUAGAGGAACAGACUCAAAUCUUUCAGUGUGAUCCUCACAUUUUUCGUGAUGACAUUAAAAUCUGGAGAGGAAUAGGAGUUAUGUAAACCCACAAAAUAUGUGAUAAAUGUCUUCAUGAAGAAUUUUUGUUUUUUAUUACAUUUUUCAAUCAAAUGAAAUGCAACAUUGUUUACAAAAUGUGAAGUACUUAAUUAAAUCCACCUUUAUUUAUCAAUAUCUUAUCAGACAGACACUAUAUAGUUUUUUUUUUAAGAUUAAUUUAAAUGUUUUAUAGAUACAUUAUUUCUCAAGUCUUCAUAAACAGAGUCUCUUUAUCUUAAACAGUGACAAAUGUACAGUAUACUGUAAAAUGCUCUACUCUCAACCAGCCAAUGAAGACAAAAAUAAAAAUAAAAAAGUAAUACCCAUUAUAUUAAUAAAAAAUAUAGUUGUCUUCUGAUAGGUGGGCUCAGGACAUCAUUUUUUUGUUUUCUUUUUUGUCAUGGAUUUUGCCUUGUUCUUCACUUCCAACCCUCUCUUGUAAUCUGUUGAUUUGGUUGAGAGACCACACUCUGCCACUUUUGAUUGGCCAAAUGUUAAAAUUUUGGCUGAAUUGUAGGGUGGAGUUGACUGGUGACAGGCUGGAG